UUUCUGGGUUUCAAUCUCCCCAUUUUCUUCUUCUUAUUGUUGUUGUUUUGAAUGUUAUUUCUUUUAUAUUUGUUUUACAAUUCAAAUCCCAAAAUGGGUUCUUGUUCUUCUCUUUUUUUGUUGUUUUAUAUCACUGCUAUCUAUUCAAUAAGCUGCGCUUUUGGCUCUCCUAUUUGCUCCCACGAAUCCGAUGUGUUCAUAAAAAAUCUUAGCUUCCAAUGCUCUCCUACGAUCUCUCCAAUUCCUCCUCUCGAGGUGGACAGCAACUUCUUGGCCAGAGCAUUGACUUCCAAACAGAGAAAUGGUUACGCUUCCGUGCUCUUUUAUGCUUCCUGGUGCCCAUUUUCACGCAGCAUGCGUCCAAAAUUUGACAUUCUCAGUUCCAUGUUUCCUCAAUUGGAACAUCUGGCAGUUGAAGAGUCUUCAGCUUCACCAAGUAUAUUUUCAAGGUACGGAAUUCAUAGCUUGCCGUCAAUCUUAAUUGUGAACCAGACAUCAAGUAUACGAUAUCGUGGUCCAAAAGGUCUCUCCUCAAUUGUACUAUUUUACGAGAAAACAGCAGGAUUUGAACCCGUUCAAUAUGUUUCUGAGGACGAACCGGUCGCAUCAGGAGACGACAGUAAAUAUGUGAUACAACUGUGGAACGAGGCAUUCUCAACAGAGAUAGUAAAAAGGGACCCCUACUUAGCCUUUUCCGUGUUGUUUCUAUGUUUAAGACUACUUCUAUCAAUAUUCCCCAAAGUACUAUCUCGUCUCAAAACAAUCUGGGUUUCGUAUUCUCUACAUUUGAACUUGGAAAUAUUCGGCGAGACAAGUCAGCUGUUUGCACGAGCCCUUCACAUGGUCGACGUGAGGAGAGUUUGGACCAAGUUGAGGCUAUGCAAAGCCAGGAACUUUCACCAAGGCGCACAGAGCGCCCGUGUUUGGGCCUCUUCAAUGGCUUCGGUCUCUUUGGGAAGAUCUUCUUCAGGUAGAUCCUCAUCCCAGUCCUAGUUUGUUGGAAGAACUCCUGGAUCAGACUGUAUUACAAACCAAUGCAAAGCUUCGGUACGUUAAGUCCUCUCUUGCGCGCACACGUUGAAUGUCGAAUUCUAUUGAUAGUGUUGAAACUUGAUAUGCAUGUUUCGAGUUGGGGGUUGAUUUUCUGGGAGGAAACCAACUAGAGCUAGCAUAUAAAUCUGGGAAUCAGCCUUUUCUUUCUUUUUCCCUUGUAUGUGUAUAUGUACUUUGCAGAUCAGUGGAAUGUGUAAGCUUUACUUGAAGCA